GCUGACGCAGUUCCUUCUGCGCUUUGUUCAGGAUGUGGGUCUGGCGCUUUCGGUGAGGGGUGCUCCACAGCCUGGCGUGAGGGGUUGGGCCGGGUUCUGGGAGCGUGUGGGAGACGCAGGCCAGGGGGCCAGGGCUCCUCUGCGGCUGCCCGCUACUGAGAUGGCGCGGCAGCCAAGGGGUCGUUGCGGGCCUCCCCCUUCUCUCGUUAUUGCUGCCCCUUUGUCUUGGAUCUGGUCUCUGACUCCUCGUAGCUGCUCGCUCGGACCAGGCGGGUCGUAGUGACAGCACUGGGUCGUCCCCACUCCUAGGCAGCGGGCCGUGGGGUAAUAGCGGUCGGGUCCCGCCCAGGCUCUCAGCGGACUCCACAGCCCCUGGUGACUCCAGACCCUCUUAGGAACUUCUUCACUGAACCCAAGGAGGAGAUCAGGCAAGAGCUGUGCUGGGCAGAUCCUUUGGAUUGUGGCUGCUGUGCACAGGAAUAUGGGCAACAAGCAUCCUGAGGCCCUCGGUCCUGUCUUUCAUCUCUGCACCCUUCCAGUCCGAAACACAGCGGCCGGUUCUUGUUUGAUGUAAGGAAUGAGGGCUUAUUCCAAGGGCUCAGGAGUUCCGCCUCUCCUCUCGCGCGCUAGGAAAAGAAACGAACCAUAGAGAUGUGUCUUCCUAGAGAUCCCGGAUGAGGGGCUGGGAGCAAGCGGAAGUCGCUGUAUCUACGGCUCGGCCAUUAUUCUGUGCCUCGGCUGCCGCAAGGGUCCGUUCCAGUGUCAUCUCCUAGCGGCCUGGCGCCGAGGCGGCGGUACCCAAGGCUGGAGCCGCAGCGGGAGCCCCCGGUCUUGUAGAUGAUACUCUCCAAACUCUAAGGAAGAAGUCAAGGAUUAAGGAGACCUGGACUGGAGAGGAGCCUUUUUCUAAAACAACAAUGACAAGAGAAAAUUGGGCCCACAAUGCUUUGAGACAAGAGGGCCUUGUGAAGGGGAAGGAUGAUACUUGGAAAUGGGGAACCAGCUUCCAAGGAAGCAGCUCCUCUGUUUGGGAGACCUCCCACCUGCACUUUAGACAGUUACGUUACCAUGAGACAUCUGGACCCCAGGAGGCUCUGAGCCGGCUCAGAGAACUCUGUCGCCGGUGGCUGAGACCAGAAGCACGUACCAAGGCACAGAUCCUGGAGCUGCUGGUGCUGGAGCAGUUUCUGAGCAUCCUGCCUGGGGAGAUUCGGACUUGGGUGCAGCUCCAUCGCCCUGGGAGUGGCGAGGAGGCUGUGGCCCUGGUAGAGGAGCUACAGAAAGACCUUGAUGGACCAGCAAUAAAAGUGAGAAAGGUUCCAGUCCUUGUCCAGGAUCAGAGCCCUCUCCAAAAGGCAGUGAGCACUCCAGGAACACUUCCUCCUGUACUUCCUGGCAGCCACAUAGCAGCUGAAAUUUGCCUGCAUCCUACUGAUCCAGUGGCAUUCAACUUCCAGGAUCCUCAAAAUGAUAGUCCUGCCCCUGAAGCUUCUGCCCUUUCUCAGGAAGAGAACCCAAGAAAUCAAUUAAUGGCACUUAUGCUCCUAACAGCCCAACCCCAGGAGUUGGUGAUGUUUGAGGAGGUGUCAGUAUGCUUCACUUCAGAGGAAUGGGCAUGUCUUGGCCCAAUCCAGAGGGCCUUGUACUGGGAUGUGAUGCUGGAGAAUUAUGGAAAUGUGACCUCCCUAGAAUGGGAGACCAUGACCGAGAAUGAGGAGGUGACAUCAAAGCUAAGUAGUUCUCAAAGAGCAGACUCUCAGAAAGGAACAUCAAAAAGACUUCAAGGAAGUGUUCCCCAGGUUCUUGAUUUUGAAGAAGAGUGUGAAUGGCAAGUUUUGGCAAGUCAUUGGGAAAAGGAAACAAAGGAAAGGGCAGAUACAGUGAGGAAAGUUUCUCUUUGUGAACGAAACAAGAAGAAAAGGAGUCCACCAGAGAAGCAAGGCCAGAAGUGGAAGGAAUUUGGAGAAAGCUUGACUUUCGGUUCAGCUAUUUCUGAAAGUUUAAUAGGUACUGAAGGAAAGAAGUUUUAUAAAUGUGAUAUAUGUUGUAAACAUUUUAAUAAAAUCUCCCAUCUUAUAAACCAUAGGAGAAUCCACACUGGUGAGAAACCUCAUAAAUGUAAGGAAUGUGGAAAAGGCUUUAUUCAGCGUUCGAGCCUUCUAAUGCAUUUACGGAACCAUUCAGGGGAGAAACCUUAUAAAUGUAAUGAAUGUGGGAAAGCAUUUUCUCAAAGUGCUUACCUUCUAAACCAUCAGAGGAUCCACACUGGGGAGAAACCUUAUAAGUGUAAGGAGUGUGGAAAGGGUUUCUAUAGGCACUCAGGCCUAAUUAUACAUCUAAGGCGCCAUUCAGGGGAGAGACCCUAUAAGUGUAAUGAAUGUGGGAAAGUUUUCUCUCAGAAUGCUUACCUCAUUGACCAUCAGAGGCUCCACAAAGGGGAAGAACCUUAUAAGUGUAAUAAGUGUCAGAAAGCUUUCAUUCUGAAGAAGAGCCUCAUUCUGCACCAGAGAAUCCAUUCUGGGGAAAAGCCCUAUAAAUGUGAUGAAUGUGGAAAGACGUUUGCUCAGACCACUUACCUUAUUGACCAUCAGCGACUCCACAGUGCAGAGAACCCUUACAAGUGUAAAGAAUGUGGAAAAGUUUUCAUUAGAAGUAAAAGCCUCCUAUUACAUCAGAGAGUCCACACAGAAAAGAAAACCUUUGGUUGUAAAAAAUGUGGGAAGAUUUUCAGUUCUAAGUCAAACUUCAUUGACCAUAAGAGGAUGCAUAGCAGAGAGAAACCUUAUAAAUGCACUGAAUGUGGGAAAGCCUUCACUCAGAGUGCUUACCUUUUUGACCACCAGAGACUCCAUAAUGGAGAGAAGCCCUAUGAAUGUAAUGAAUGUGGGAAAGUUUUUAUUCUGAAGAAGAGCCUCAUUUUACAUCAAAGGUUCCACACUGGAGAGAAUCUCUAUGAAUGUAAAGAUUGUGGCAAGGUCUUUGGUUCGAACAGAAACCUCAUUGACCAUGAGAGACUCCACAAUGGGGAGAAGCCAUAUGAAUGCAGAGAGUGUGGGAAAACCUUUAUUAUGAGCAAAAGUUUUAUGGUCCAUCAGAAACUCCAUACACAAGAGAAAGCCUACAAAUGUGAGGAUUGUGGGAAGGCUUUCAGUUACAAUUCAAGCCUGCUUGUACAUCGGAGAAUCCACACCGGAGAAAAACCCUUUGAAUGUAGUGAGUGUGGAAGAGCUUUCAGUUCAAACAGAAACCUCAUUGAACACAAGAGAAUCCACAGUGGUGAGAAACCCUAUGAGUGUGAUGAGUGUGGUAAAUGCUUCAUUCUGAAGAAAAGCCUCAUUGGACAUCAGAGAAUUCACACGAGGGAAAAAUCUUAUAAAUGCAAUGACUGUGGGAAAAUCUUCAGUUACCGCUCAAACCUUAUAGCCCAUCAGAGGAUCCACACUGGCGAGAAGCCCUAUGCAUGUAAUGAAUGUGGAAAAGGUUUUACCUACAACAGAAACCUGAUUGAACAUCAAAGAAUUCACAGUGGAGAAAAAACCUACGAAUGUCAUAUAUGUAGGAAAGUCCUUACCUCUAGUAGAAAUCUUAUGGUACAUCAAAGAAUCCACACUGGAGAGAAACCUUAUAAAUGUAAUGAGUGUGGGAAAGACUUUAGUCAGAAUAAAAACCUUGUUGUACAUCAGAGAAUGCACACUGGGGAAAAACCUUAUGAGUGUGAGAAGUGUAGGAAAUCCUUUACUUCUAAGAGGAAUUUAGUUGGCCACCAGAGAAUUCACACAGGGGAGAAACCCUAUGGGUGUAAUGAUUGUAGUAAAGUUUUUAGGCAAAGAAAAAACCUUACUGUACAUCAGAAAAUCCAUACAGAUGAAAAACUUUGUGAAUGUGAUGCAUCUGAAAAAGAAUUCUCUCAGACUUCCAACUUUCAUCUUCAACAGAAAAUCCAUACCAUUGAGGAAUUCUCUUGGCUACAAAACACCAAUGAGUCCAAGAUUGAGAUUCAGAAAAUCUAGUAUCAUAUGUAAAAUGGAAUAGAAUCCCUGCCUACUUAAGUAACUGUUGGACAAAAGAUAUAUGGUUCUUCUAAGGAAAAAGUUUUUGACUUACUGUUUAAUAGGCAAAUGAGUUGCAUAUAGAAGAAAGUUAGUAAUCCCAGCACUUCGGGAAGCCAAGGCAGGUAGAUCACCUGAGGUCGGAAUUUCAAGACCAGCCUGACCAACAUGGUGAAACCUCAUCUCUACUAAAAAUACAAAAAUUAGCCUGGCACGGUGGCAUGCUGUAAUCCCAGCUACCCGGGAGGCUGAGACAGGAGAAUCGCUGGAACCCAGGAAGUGGAGGUUGUGGUGAGCUGAGAUCGUGCCAUUGCACUCCAGCCUGGGCAAUAAGAGCGAAACUCCAUCUGAAUAAAAAAAAUCUGAACUUUAAAGUCUACAAAAACAUAAUCCAAAUCUAAUAACAUAGUUGUAAAUGCAGCAACAAUAUCUUUGUAUUAAAAAGUAGACAUGGGUUGGGUGCAGUGGCUCAUGCCUAUGGUCCCAGCGCUUUGGGAACCCGAGGUGGGAGGAUCACUAGAGCCCAGGAGUUCAAGACAAGUCUGGGCAACAUAGGGAGACCCCAUCUCUAUUAAAAUAAAAUAAAUUUAUUAAUAUAACAAUAAGCAGACACUGUUUUUGAAAAUAUGUACAGUAUGCAUUUUAAAGAUAGCAUCACUACUAUAGAAAACCUGAACAGACAGUAUGAUCUAGGAUGUCAGGUGUGGAGUUGGGUGGACAAUAGUCUGCUGUUGAGGACAACCUAAAAAGAGCACUGGAUUUGGAAUCAGAACUGAGCUUUUAUUCCUGGCUGUCCCAUAAUGGCCAUGUGAUGUUACUAAGUCAGCCUCUAAAGCUCAGUUUCUCUGUCACUCAAAUGUUGGCAGGAUACCUACCUCACAGGGUUGUUGUGAGGGUUAAGGGAAAGGAUCUUUGUGAAAGUACUUUUUGAAAUCAUUCAGUUGUCGAUAAAAGCUGAAUAAAAGAGGUAUAGUCAAAGCUUAGAACAUGGUAUCAUGUAAGUUUGUAUAUUAAGUCAAUGUUAGAAUAAGGGGGAUUCCAUGAACCUAGAAGAUACUCAUUUUUACAAGAGGAAGUAUGGUGACUAGCCAAUUGGAAUUUAGUGCUGUAAGAAUAAUUUUUCUUAAUUUACCUUUAAAAAUAUCUAAGGGAGUUAAUAGAUUAUAUAUCUAGUUUGCGUGUAUGAAAAAAAAUGUUAUGGCCAGCCAUUAACAGUGAUGCCAAGGAAAACAAUUUAUUUUCCAGCUUUUGAAUUUGAAAUUUAACAGAUGUAGAGUGGCAAAAUGGAAGGACAGUGCUACCUUGCUUUCCCUGGCAUAGGGAAAAAAGUCUUUGACUCAGCAGCUGAGUUGAUGAUCCCUGCCACAGUCAUUGUCAAUUCUAAUCAGGAUUUCAUCAUUGCUGUCAAAUGAUAGCCUGUUACUCAUGAAACGAGCUUCUGUGCCAGCGCUAAAUUUACUGGAACAUAAACUUUUCACAUAGAGCCAAGCUCUUCACUGAUUAAGCCAAUGCAGGUAGUCAGUGCCCAUUACCCCUGUGAACCAUUCUGUGCCCUUGAGUACAUUUGUAGGUUUAAUUCAGUCUAUAUUCUUGAGUUGGUAUGUUCUAAUUCUCAAAGUUCCGUUUCUGCAGCUGGACUAUAAAUAAUACCUGAAUACCAAGAUUGUGUUUUUUAAUAAUGUCAAAGUGGUGUUUUUAUUAUAAUAAAUGUUAUUAAUUUAACCCC